UCCUUCUCGCUCUUCCUAAAACCCACAAAAUCUACUGAUAAUAAUGAGCGGCCAAGAUCGUGAGGCGGAUAAAAUUACAGGUUACCUAUUAAGGAACUCUGGAACAUCAAAAAAGAAGAAUAAAACAAAUAAACAACAAGAAUCUGAACUUACUAAACCUGACCCGCCAGCUAAGCCAAGUAGCACCAGUGAAGCUGUUGUGCGGGCGAGACAUGCCCGGCGUCUGAAACACGUGCAACUGAGGGCUCGAAUUCACCAGGGCCUACGGACACAGGAUAUGAAACAACUGAUGAGAUACUACUAGUGUUCAGUUGUAAUACAACAUCAUGAAUGGAAACAACAAUGACGAUCAAAUUGCCAUCGUCGGUAUAGGAUGUCGAAUGCCAGGUGGCGUAACAUCAACCGAUGAGUUCUGGGAUGUUCUUCGAAAUGGCAAGGACUGCAUUACGGACGUUCCAGCUGGGCGUUGGUCAGUUGAGAAAUUUCACGAUAGCGAUCAGACUAAGCCAGGAAAAAUGGUGUCCGGAAAAAGCGGAUUUGUAGAUGGAAUCGAACAUUUUGACAACACCUUCUUUAAAACAUCACCAAAAGAAGCGGCAUCAAUGGACCCUCAACAGAGAAUAUUGUUGGAAGUAACACACGAAGCCUUUGAAGAUGCCGGUAUCAUACCUGAUGACCUAAAAUCAUGUGGAGUGUUUGUUGGUAUUGGGCUGAUGGACUACCCAAUCCAAACGCUUGAUGUUCACUCGUCCACUGUUAACGCAUAUACUUUGACAGGAACAGCUCACAGUGUCGCA